CUUCCGCCCGCCCGCCGCCGCCAUGGCGGGCAGGGGCGCCGCGGCCGGCGCCGCCGUGCUGCUGGUCACCGCCAACGUCGGCUCCCUCUUCGACGACCCAGAAAACUUACAGAAGAAUUGGCUUCGGGAAUUUUAUCAGGUUGUCCAUGCACACAAGCCUCACUUCAUGGCUUUACACUGUCAGGAAUUUGGAGGAAAAAACUAUGAAGCUUCCAUGUCUCACGUGGACAAGUUUGUGAAAGAACUGUUAUCAAGUGAUGCAAUGAAAGACUACAACAGAGCUCGAGUUUACCUGGAUGAGAAUUACAAAUCGCAGGAACAUUUUACGGCUCUAGGAAGUUUUUACUUUCUUCAUGAAUCCUUGAAAAACAUCUACCAAUUUGAUUUUAAAGCUAAGAAGUAUAAAAAGGUUACCGGGAAAGAAAUCUACUCAGACACUUUAGAAAGCACGCCCAUGCUGGAAAAAGAGAAGUUUCCACAGGAUUAUUUCCCUGAGUGCAAGUGGUCCAGAAAAGGUUUCAUUCGAACAAGAUGGUGUAUUACUGAUUGUGCCUUUGACUUGGUAAACAUUCAUCUUUUCCAUGAUGCUUCCAAUUUAAUUGCUUGGGAAACAAGCCCAUCGGUUUACUCAGGAAUACGGCAUAAGGCUCUUGGCUAUGUACUUGAUAGAAUCAUAGAUCAGCGGUUCGAGAAAGUUUCGUAUUUUGUCUUUGGAGAUUUCAACUUCAGACUGGAUGCCAAAGCGGUGGUAGAGACACUCUGUGCAAAGGCUACCAUGCAGACUAUCCGGGCAGCUGACACAAAUGAAGUAGUCAAGCUAAUAUUUCGUGAAUCUGAUAAUGACCGAAAGGUUAUGCUACAGUUAGAAAAGAAGCUCUUUGACUAUUUUAACCAAGAUGUUUUUAGAGAUAACAAUGGCACUGCGCUUUUAGAAUUUGACAGAGAGCUGUCAGUCUUUAAAGACAAAUUGUAUGAACUGGACAUCUCGUUUCCUCCCAGUUACCCAUACAGUGAAGACUCCAGCCAGGGAAAGCAGUACAUGAACACCAGAUGUCCAGCAUGGUGCGACAGGAUUUUAAUGUCACACUCCGCCAAGGAGCUAAUCCUAAAAUGGCUACCAGUUGUCCCAGGAGGACCAAGAACACAUCAGGAUAUCAGAGUAUGAUAUAAGGAGAACUCACCCAUGGCUUUCUGCUCUAAGCUCAGUUUUCCCUGCUGGGCUAGCCGUGGCCAUGAAUGCCAUGCAAGAAUGAAUGUGCUGUAAUUUUUCAACGCUAUUGCACCGAGGUUGUCUUCCUCGCCAGAUUGUUUGACUGUCUCGUACACAGCAAUCUUCCCAAUCCCAAGAAUUGUAUUCUUCUCCAAGUUUACCCUAAGUGCAUCUGACAUAAGUCUAUCUGGAUUUUCCUAUAUAACUAAUACCAUUUAACAUGGGCGAAUUGCAGCAAAUAAUGUUUGCAAAUAAAUCCGUAUUCUACAUCUUCGUGACUUUUUUUUCCAUUUAGCAUAAUGAAACCCUUGAAACUUCUUUUCUUGGAGUUUGUAACCUUCUCUCUUUCUCUCUCUCAUCAGGGUUAUUUAUCUCAUGAUUAGACUGUUUGCUUUGCAGUAUGUAACUCACUGAAAGGCUGAGAACGUUUUUUUUCCAUAGCUACUCAAGUUUCAGUGCAGUGUACUUCCUCGCAUGUUUUAAUGUGUAGUAAGUGUCUGCAUGGCAUCUUGAAGUUCCC